AUGCCAAAGGGUUUCUUCAUUGUGGUUUUCGCCUCGGAGGAAGAACGGCAAAAGGUAUUGGAAGGAGGGUUAUGGACCAUGAACUCGAAGCCGCUGUACAUCCAAAAAUGGUUUAGAAACUUCAAUCCAUUAAAAACUGAGCCCUAUGAGAAACCAAUAUGGAUUCGAUUGAACAAUCUGCCAAUGGAAUAUUGGUCGGAAGAAGCCUUAGAAAAGAUAGGCAGAUCUUUGGGAACCCUAAUGGAGAUUGAUGCGGAAAUUGCGACUGGGAAUUCGUAUUUGUAUGCAAGGAUGAAAUUAGUGGCGGUUAGGAGAAUUCCACAAUUGAUAAAAUUGAGAAGUCAAGAUAUGGAAUGGAUCCAAACGAUUGAAAUUGAGGAGGAGAAACAUUACUGCUCCUUGUGCGGCCGAAGAAACCAUGAUUCAGACAACUGCCGAAAUAACAAAACUGAGAAAAAAGUUUGGCGGGUAAAACAAGUGGCUAAUAAUAAAAACUCAGAAGAACCUCUUCAAAUAACCAACAGCGAAGAUAUUAAUGAAAACACGGGCAAGAAACAGAGUGGAAAGAGCUUGGACGCAGUGGGGAGUUAUAAAAAGGACAUAGAUGAAAAAAUUGGUAAUUUUGAAUCCAAUGAUCAAAAUGACAUUGGAUUGGAGGAAAACGGAAUCUCAGAGGAAGAUGAAGAUAAAGAGGAAUUAGAGACAACAGACAUAAGGAAUAUAAGCCAGUCAGUGGUUAUAACUAUGGAGAAAGGGAUGAGAGGUAAAGGUCGGAAAUCCAACAAAACAAAAAGGGAGGAAGAGGCAGCUGAGAAAGGAUUGAUCAGCGUGUCAGAAUUCUUGAAUAGGAAGAGUACCAAGGGAGUGAACCACUCCCUUGGGAAGCAAUGA